AUGUCUGGGCCUGGAAUUCCAGCUUGGAAGAGACUCGGACUGAAACUGAAGUAUGCAAAUGAAGACUCAGGUCCACCAACGAGCAACGGUCUUGCUUCAACAAUCCACCAAACUGGUGGGAGCUCUUUGACGAAUACCCAAUCGUCUUUAUCAGAAACCCCUCCGAGGAAGAAGCAGAAGACGCUUUCCAAAUCCAAACAGGUCCUCGAGUCACCAGCACGCAAUCCGGCCUCAUCACCUGAGGCCACCAAAGCCACGAAGGACCGGCCAGACAAGAAAGUCAAGAAACAGGUAUCCUUCUCUGCUGACGUAAAGCCUUCUGCGUCGACAAGAAGCCUGUCACCCGUUCUGGAUGAAUCUAAGGAGCAGCGAUCCUCGACAAAUGUGAAGAAAUCGAAGAAAGUUCGACCGAAACCAGUUCUGCCACUUUUACCCAAGUCUAAUACUGCGCUGGAAUAUCUCCAUCAAUAUCACACAGCAAGGUCCAAAUGGAAAUUCAACAAGAAUCGAGAGACGUGGAUAUUGAAACACAUCUUCUCGGAAAGGGAUAUUCCUCGGGAAUUCAAUCUUGCUCUGGGAAGGUAUAUCUACGGAUUACAAGGUGCUGGAUCCCGUGACAGAUUGAAGGCGCAGUGCAUGGCGUCAUUAGAAAAAGGCGAAGAUACUCAACCAGGGAGCGACAGGAAUGGCAACAUUGCAGGAGAAGACGAUGGUGGAUAUCUUCGACGCUUCAAGGACGAUUUGGCAAGUUCAGCCUCUUCGGAUUUUGCUGCUACAGGAGACACCGCCGCAGACCUAGGAUACCAAUCUUGGAUUCAGAAGCAGUCGCGCCCAAGGAUAUUGAUGUGGGCGCUUGGCGUUGACACUGAUGGCCUCGUCGCGACUAACGGGGUUGAACAAAGGGUCAAGAAGAGAAAGAACAGGACUAUGGUUGUCGACUAUGAUACUUCGAGUUCCACCUCGAGUUCCACCUCGAGUUCUACCUCGAGCUCUAGUGAUAGCGACAGUGACAGUGGGAGUGAGAGCGAGAGCGAAGAGACUCCCCCGGGAUCUCAACGCCACACCGUGCUAUCAAGCAGGACGGAGCCUGGGGACGAAACAUCCAGCAGUGGCGAUGAUGAAGAUAGCAGUAGUGAGAGUGACUCGAGUAGCGAUGCAGAUAGUGAGGUCUAA